AGGGAUUUUAUUGAGUUGAGUAUAAAGAAGCGAGGACUUCCACUUUACGAGCUCUAGGGUUUUCUCUGCGACUACUGCGUUAUCAAUCAAUCGAUCAAAGUAGAAACAGCUGCAACAUCAACAGCAGCCAUGGCUACCAAAGUCCAGAGGAUCAUGACCCAACCAAUUAAUCUCAUCUUUAGGUUCCUCCAGAGUAAAGCUCGCAUACAGAUAUGGCUGUUUGAGCAGAAGGAUUUGAGAAUCGAAGGUCGCAUUAUUGGGUUUGAUGAGUACAUGAAUUUGGUUCUUGAUGAGGCUGAGGAAGUCAGCAUAAAGAAGAAGACCAGAAAGGCUCUAGGCAGGAUUCUGCUAAAAGGGGACAAUAUUACCCUCAUGAUGAACGCGGGAAAGUAACAAGGAGCACUUGCAUGAGGAUGAUAGGUGCUGAAAAGAAGAUUUGCAACUUAUGUUGAGAUAUUGUUUUAAUGAAUGUUAAUUAGGGACUUUUGUGAGAAAAUGUUCUAGAUUACAUUGAUGCUUUUUAGGUUUGUAAGCACCCAACUUUUGGAUUGAGCAAAUUUUAUUGGAAAGCUGCAUAUUGUUUGAUU